CUAUAAUCAGGAAUAUGAAUAAGUUAUGCUAUUAUGCGAUGGGAGAGGAGCAAACAGAAGGCCCUAGGAAAAUAAUUUGCAACAUUUCUAACCUCACUGAAGGAAACAAGAACAAGCUUAGCAAUCUCUUUGAAAAGGUUGAACUGCUGAAGAAAGAAGAACCUCCUGAAAUUGAAAUCCAGGAACAAGUAAAUCUCAAAAUAGUUAUCAACCAUAAGCCUGACUCCAAGCGAAAGGUUGUCAAGGAAGACUUUGAGAAGAAGCGAGCUGAGGAGAAGAUCUUUGUGAAGCUAUAUAACUCAUUCUGCAAACUACAUAAGAAGUAUCAUAAGAGUUUCCCAGAUAUCAUAAAGUCGUUUAUGAAAGUAUCAGGAGAUCUCAAGAAAUUAAACGACUUGUUCAUGGGAAACAAAGUUGUCGAAUGGACCUACCUUGAAGAUAUGGCCCUCAAAAAGCCUACCAACUCUACAGAAUACGGCUGCCUGAUUCAAUCCAAGGGUGAAAAAGAGAUUGAGAAGCGGAAAGAGUUCCUCAAAGAUUUCGAAGGAAAUCAAGAAUUCUUAAACCUAAUGAAUGUGUAA